AUGAUAGUCUCAAACUGGAUCCAUUAUGCUAGAGCAAAAGCAACAAUUGACUUGGCAUGUAAAGGGAUUAUAGUGAACAAAGUAUGGGUCAAGAAACACUGCUUCCCCAUAUACUCGCUCAAUCACCCUAUUUGCAUUCAUAAUGUCAAUGAUACCAUUAACCAGGCAGGUCUCAUCUAUUCAGCACUAGAUGUGAACCUCAAAAUUUGGGAUAUCCAUAGAUGA